AUGUUGGUACCGGACGGAACCGUUGACUUUUUCCGCGUUCAAUCAUUCUGCCUAAGGGCGAUUGGUCUUUCCCGUGUCGAUAAGCGCGCUGGCCGGGUUGUGUUCGUGUUUAGCUUUUUCACCGUGCUCGUCAUGAAGCUCGGCACCGUAAUGUUUGCCGUCAAACACAUCGACGAAAUAAUGCUGCUGUGCGAUUGUUUGGGGCCCACCUUCACCGCCUACCUGGGCCUGGUGCGCCAAUACAAUCUGCGCCUUCACCACACCGAAGUAUGGAGCAUCGUGGACGAAUUCGUCGCACUCAGACGCUUGCUCAAGCCGAACGAAAUCCGGAUCGUAGAAAAGUAUAACCGCAUCGACCGAUUUCUUGCGUGGGCUUAUUUGAUUACAGCCAUGUCAACCGGAGUGCUUUUUGUAGGGGUCGCCCUCGUGCUGGUCGUCCUGUCCGAGAAAGCGGACUGGAAGCUGCCACUGCUGAUGGACUUCCCGUUCGACGUGCAACAUCCGGUGACCUUUACAAUUUUCUUUGUCUGGUGCAGCGUGGCUAUAUUCUGGGUCGUGCUGGAUUGUGUGGCUUGCGAUUCUUCGUUCGGUACGUUUUCCUCCUGCCUGGUGGCGCACUUUGCCAUCUUGCAGGAACGCUUCGAGAGCCUGCAGUUCGGCACGGGCACAAAUAGCCAGCUCGGCCAGCUCAUUGAAUAUCACAAGCACAUACUGCACGUGUCCGAUCGCGUCAUCGAUGCGUACAAGAACGUCAUCCUCAAUCAAUUGCUCAUCUCGUCGAUACUGCUGUGCAUGCUCGGGUUCCAGUUGGUCAUAUCGGCGGGCACAAGCAUCAUGGUGGUUUACGUAGCGUACGGGACGGCCAUUAUCAUACAGGUUACCUACUACUGCUACUAUGGAUCGCAGCUUUAUCACGAGAGCACACUCGUUCACGAUGCUGUUUUUAAAAGCAACUGGUACGAGGCGGACGUACGCACUCAAAAAAUGUUGAUAAACUGCAUGAUGCGAGCAGGCAAGCCCGUAAACGCCAAAUCAGGAUUUACUGAAGCAUCGUUGCCGACCUUAAAAGCGAUUUUAAAUUCCGCUGGAUCAUACGUCGCUUUGCUGAUGUCACUCAUGGAGUAG